GCUCUAACUCUCACGCACACCUCCAGUUCUCCACCCGAAGCAACAAAGAUAAUCUUCUUCCAACAACAGCAAAGUUAAACCCUAGCACAAAAAAAAAAAAAAAAAAAAAAAAAGAAAAAAGAAAAAAAAACCAUGGCUCAAACCAUGCUUCUCAUGUCUAGUAGUGUGUCUUCAGGCCAUGUUGUGGACUUGAAGUCCUCAGACCCUUUACUCCAAGUACAAGCUCAAAGACUUAGGCCUAAGUCUUUCUCUCAACUUGUUUUCAGAGCCCUCCCUUCAUCCUCUUCAGCCUCGUCGUCGUCUACAAGGAUUUCGACCGUUGUCGCUCUCUUCAAAUCGAAAACUAAAGCUCCUGCCAAGAAGGCACCACCGCCGAAGCCCAAGGUUGAAGACGGUAUCUUUGGAACCUCUGGGGGCAUUGGUUUCACCAAGCAAAAUGAGCUCUUUGUUGGUCGGGUUGCCAUGAUUGGCUUUGCUGCAUCAUUGUUGGGAGAAGCAAUUACAGGGAAAGGGAUUCUUUCCCAAUUGAAUUUGGAAACUGGAAUUCCCAUCUAUGAAGCUGAACCCCUUCUUCUCUUCUUCAUCCUUUUCACCCUGCUUGGAGCCAUUGGAGCUCUAGGUGACCGUGGUAGAUUCGUCGAUGACCCGCCCGCUGGAAUUGAAGGGGCAGUGAUCCCUCCAGGCAAAGGAUUGAAAUCAGCCCUGGGACUCAAGGAAGGAGGUCCUCUAUUUGGAUUCACAAAGGCAAAUGAGCUAUUUGUGGGAAGAUUGGCACAGUUGGGAUUUGCAUUCUCCCUAAUAGGAGAAAUCAUUACAGGGAAGGGAGCUCUAGCCCAGUUAAACAUUGAGACUGGAGUCCCCAUCAGCGAAAUCGAACCCCUUGUGUUGCUCAACGUUGUCUUCUUCUUCAUCGCUGCGGUGAAUCCCGGAACUGGUAAAUUCAUCACAGAUGUGGAUGAAGAAGACUAGAGAGAGAUAAAUACUACAUUGAUGCUCACAUCGAACUUGUUUGAAUCAUGUAUGAGAAAAUACUUCUUCCUCUAAAUUUUAUUUUAUGUCAUCGAUCUUUUUUAUUUUCCCUUGGUCAUGUUGACCUUAAAUUAAGUUACUGUAUUUUGCACUA